AUGAAGACUCAAAGCCUUGCUCUCCUUGGCCUGUUUGUUUCCACUGCCUUUGCGGUACCCAAGGCCAAAAGACAGGAUGAUGGCCGCGACCAGCCGAUCAGCGGUAGCAAGGGCGCACCGAUCUUAGGCGGAACCAAUCGACAGCUCGAUAUUCAGAACCCAGACCAGUUCCGUACUUCCGGUACCGACAAUGGCUUUGUGCCCAAUGUCAAAUGGAGCUUCUCUGAGUCCCAGACUAGGCUGUUCCCAGGUGGUUGGUCUCGAGAGCAAGUCAUCCAAGACUUGCCCCAAAGCCAUGACAUUGCUGGUGCUCAGCAGCAUCUGAAGAAGGGGGCAAUUCGUGAGCUGCACUGGCAUAGAACGGCUGAGUGGGGAUUCGUUUACAAUGGAUCUCUCCUACUUUCAGGUGUUGACGAGCAUGGUGGUUUCACCACUGAGAAGCUUGAGACUGGAGACAUCUGGUACUUCCCCAAAGGUGUUGCCCAUAACGUGCAAGGUUUAGAUGAUGAGAACGAGUAUCUACUGGCCUUUGAUGACGGUGACUUUGAGAAGAUUGGAACAACCUUCAUGGUCGACGAUUGGAUUGCCCACACUCCCCGAGAUGUUCUCGCCAAGAACUUCGGCGUCGAUCCCAAGGUUUUCGACACUGUUCCCUCUAAGUUCCCUUAUAUUCUGAAUGGUACUGUCAGCAAGGACCUUGACGAAGCUCCAAAGGGUACUUUGAGAGGUGACAACUCGUACGUCUAUCACACUUACAAACACCCCUCGGAGCCUGUACCUGGUCAUGGUGGAACAUUCCGCAAGAUAGAUUCGACCAACUUUCCUAUUUCCAAGACUCUUGCUGCUGCUAUUGUCGAGCUAGAGCCUAAGGGUCUUCGUGAACUUCACUGGCAUCCCAACGCUGAGGAAUGGCUCUACUUCCACCAAGGUCAUGCUCGUGCGACCGUUUUCAUUGGUGAUUCCAAAGCCCGCACCUUUGAUUUCCAUGCUGGAGACACCGCUGCAUUCCCAGACAACAGCGGUCAUUACAUCGAAAAUACUUCUGAUACCGAGAAGCUUGUCUGGAUUGAGCUAUACAAGAGCGACCGUGUCGCUGACAUCUCGUUGGCUCAGUGGCUUGCUUUGACCCCUGCUGAUACUGUUGCCAACGUCUUGAAGAUCGACAUCGAGGUUGUCAAGCAGAUCAAGAAGGAGAAGCAGAUUCUUGUCCAGGGCAAGAAAUAA